AGGUUUUGUUUGCCAUGAUAUUUGCCAGCUUCUUGCGUGACAAACACAUGGAUAUAUUUUUCUGCUUUUAAAAGUUUCGAACACGUGUCGUUUAUAUAAAUUUUAUGUAUAUUAAUAUAUAUGUUUUGUAUUCACAAUGUCUUACAAGAAUAAUUUCAAUGUUUUCGUGGGUGGAAAAUCAGGUGUUUUCAAAGGAAUAAAAAUUGAAAAGAAGGUAAAUAUAAUCAAAAACAUACAGGACUUAGUUUCCAUUACAGAAAAUGACCAAGUGACUAACAUCUCCUGGAGUGAUGAUGAUGAGAAAGACAUUUUAAUUGCAUGUGGCGUGAAAGAAAACAGAAGAGUAAAAAUUUAUGACUCUGAGAAUUCCAUGUUCACAUGCUCGUUUCUUUGCAACACAGGCAAAGGCAGUAUUAAUGGAAUAUCACAAUAUGAUGGAUCAAUCCUGACAGCAGUCAACUCUGGAGAAGUGUGUCUGUGGCGAUUCGACAGAAAAGAGGAAUUACUGAUAAAUGCCGGGGAAAAUUUAGAUAGAAUGUGUCACUCACGUGUGCAAAGAAAUGUAAUAGCUACUGGAGGACGGGAGCAUAGGUUGAAAUUGUACGACCUGGAAAAACAAACAAUGAUAUUCAACGAGAAAAAUCUCUCACACGAUUGGUUGGAACUAAGGGUACCUAUUUGGAUAUCUGAUAUAAAUUUUCUACCGGAGACCCAGCAGAUAGUCACAGUAGGCAGAUACGGACAUAUACGCCUAUAUGAUCCACGUGUGCAGAGACGUCCUGUGAUAAAUAUAACUCAUCAAGAUGAAGCUUUCACCUGUUCGUGUAUUGCCCCGAAAGAAAAACAUAUCAUAGUAGGGUCUGGCAAAGGUAAGCUGAAUCUCGUCGAUCUCCGAAAACCAGGCAAAAUAUUAAACACAUACAAAGGAUUUGCUGGUGGAGUAACCGGGGUAGCUUGUAGUAUGAAUAAUCCAUACAUUGCAAGUGUCAGCAUAGAUAGAUAUUUGAGGAUACAUCAUAUCGACACGAAAGAACUUCUGAAAAAUAUUUAUUUAACAUCUAAGCUAACGUGCCUGGCAGUGAGGUCCGACUUUUCUAUAGAAGAAACUGGCACUGAAAAUAAUCAAGAAGCCACAAUGGAAUCCCGUUGUGAAUCCCGUAAUGGCGGUAGCGUCGGCGAACAGUCGAAUGACGACGCGAUCAGUGAGGCAGAAUAUGACGAGUUAUUUGAUAAAAUGCAAGUAGUGGGUAAGAAUGAAAAAGUUAGUAAAAAACGGAAACUCGUCAAGCCAGCCAAGAAAGUCUCAUCGAAUGAUCGUGAUGUUAUGUCCCAAAAGUCGUUGCAGAAGAAAAGAAGGAAGGAUCAAGCGAGGUCUCGCAAGGAGAUGGAAUAGUUAUUUCCAGAAAUGCUUUGGAGAUCUAGCAUUUUUGCUCGUCAGGAGAAGGUUUUUUUUUUGCUAGUUUUUAGAAGGUUUUUAAAGCACUAUCCCCUUCGAAAUCGAGUAAUCACCAUCACCCGUGUUCUCUACAUGAAAACGAAGACAAAACGAGGAGCGAAAUUUCGCGUGUCAAACGUCGUGCUGUGCGUCUUCGAGCGUAAAGAAUCGUUUGUGUGAUUUGAAGUGAAAUCGUCUCAGAAUGCUUUUAGUGCAGAGCAACGUCCUGUAGAAAUCGCGACAAAUAUUCCGGUUCGCACCUUUUAUAAUUCUUCCUUACGAUAUGACACGAGUGACGGUUAUAAUCUGAUCUCCUUGUACGACAGUACAUGGCUUUGUUUGCUGUCCACUUACACGGCGACUCGUGUGCUUCGUCUUCUCGUUUAUGAAGAAGAACUCGACACAUGCUAAUAAAAAGUAUACGAGAUCAACGAUGUGUAUAUCGAUGAAUGGAGCAAUCGAUUGGAGCUCUUAAAUUGCUCGUUAUAAUUACAAAAUCUUGCCUCACGAUAAUUUCAAUGAUACAUCAGUCGUAUCGUCAGCAACGAUUGUACAAUACGUAGAAUUUGGUCAAAUAUCACAUUAAAAUUCGAGUAUUUCUGUAUACUUCCAUUUUGUCGUUUUUUUCUUCAUUGUUAUCGGUAGACGCGCAAAUAUCGCACGACGUUUGCGUGCUACCGUCUUAAAUGUAUAAUCCGAUCCCCCCUCCCCCUUUUUUUUUAAAUGUUUCUUCCCUACAAACACUCGAGAGAAGUGUAACAACGGUAUUAUUAAUGACGUUGCAAUACCGACGAAAUUAUUCUAGCGGUUCAAUUUAGGGAAUAUAAUGGAGAAAAGAAAAUCUCUUUCACGCAACUCUCUGCUUUUUUUUUUCGUCUGCAUUCCGUUAAAUAUUCGUGUUUUCGUCGUUUACAUUCCACAGGUUUCGUGACAUUGUGUGAUUUUGAUACAAGAGAUAAAAGAUUUGCGGUUCUCGUACAGAACAAUAGUCCUAACAUCCGACACUUGCGUCGACUUUGACGAUACAUCAAAAGUGAAAUCCUUUCCAAAAAAAAGGGGGGGGGGGAGGGGUACAGAGACUGUCUCUGUUUU